AUUAAGACAUCGGUCUUAAACACAUCCACCAGCCAAAUGACCAUUAAUCUUAAAGGCUAUUCAAAAAACAAAAGUGGACCAUUUAAUUUGAAAGCGACAUUCACAGCGGUGUAACAGCCUCAGCGCUGUUUAAGAAUUAAUUGACAAAUAAAAAGAAAUCAGAUGGCCCCUAACUUGUUCCCUCGUUCCGUUUCCCUGACCUGUUUCAAAUCUAAUUUCAUUUAAGUUGAAUACCGUCCGACUGGGGGUGUUUCCAUGUUAAAGCCAGUGUUAAACCAAAUUUAUUCAUUUCACCUCCAAGAUAUAGCUAGACAGCUGUUUUGGUACCCACGAUGCAGAUGCCCUGGCCAUGCAAAUGUCCUGCUCGCAGUCCGUAAUGGAAACUCUUUUGUUGGAUUUGCUGGAGUCACAAAAUGAGACGUAGGAAGGUUCCCUUUCAUCUUCUUUUAAGGUUUCACCGGUGAUGCGACGUUUUGCCGAGAUCUGGAUGGAGAAAAUGUCUGACCAAUUAUCCCAACUCUUUGCCGACGUGUGAAUGGAAAGAUGAACGAGAUACACAAGUUUAAUAUGAAACUUUGUUAUUCGCCUGACGAAAUAACAGCCACCAAGGGAGAUCUCAUGGAAUUUCGGCGAUAUAUAAAUACCGACGAUUGCGAAGCUAAUCAGAUCCAAACCCAUCGGCAAGUCGGCGACAGAUAUACCGUAGGUGUCGAUUCACCGCGGUUAUUUUUCUUCACUCAAUUCACAACUCAACUCUAGAGAAGACCAUAAGAAACCUUUGGAAUGAACACGGUUGUCGAAUUCUGCUAGAGCGAAGGGAUUGCGGCCCAUUCAGACCUGACGUGAUUGUUGAAAGGGUUUGAUGGUCGCGAGGUGGAAAAGGCUGCUUAUCCAGUUAUCUUAUUGUUACCUGCACCCAUGAGUUCGAAUUUCAUCCGCAUCGGCACUAUCUCGAUUUUAGUUUUUUAAAGUAAUUUUUUUAUUUAAUUCCUAAAUUUUAUUUUCGUGUUCGACUCUCAUUCCCCCAGGUCUCUUGUGAUCUAAGAAUCGAUGAUGUUGGGAUAAAUGGGAUACCUUCUAUCAAGUAGUGGACACGUACGUUACGGACCCCUUACAUCAUAAGUCUACCCACAUGAGUACGAAGACAUGAGGACCAGGUAUCUGCCGUCACUAAAUAAAUAGCGAGGCUGUUGUCUCUGAUUUUCUAAGUUGUCGUUUCUUACGCACUCGCCGCGGAGACCCAAUCAGCCAAGCAACGAUCGUCCAGCAAGGGUUCGUCGGAUAACCGAUUGACAAGCCGCAACUUUGCCGACAUUUUAAAACCGGAAAUGGUUAUUCGAUCGCUUCCAUCCAACGGCAAAACGUGUUUGGACCGAUUUUCAAUGGAGGCCAACGGGACCGUUCGUCCAACCAUUAAUAACUCCAGCAACGGGCAAAGGCAGUGCAGCUUUUUCAUUAACGCACCCGCCAAUAAACUCAUCCGGAUGAACUGCUCGGUCGUCAGUCUUAAAAGUCCGGGCGCCGGAUUAGUUAUUUACGGAGGCUCCGAAAUCAACGUCAAUCCGCCCGCCGUCAAUCAAAUUUACACUUCCAGGAGCGACAGCAUGUUCCUGUUUUUCAGGGUCGACAACACGGACUGGUUCGACUGCAAAUGGGAAACGAUUCCCGUGCCGAAAACAACUGAAUAUCAACUCUGUCGGGAUGGAUCGUCCACCGCACCUAACGGGACCAUUAAGCGAUCAGCGGAAGAUAACAGCACAGAGCCGAGAAUGUGCAUGUUUGCCAUUACCGUUUCGUCUGACCGACGAAUUCAGUUUAUUUGCUCCAACAUUAGCCUCAACAGUCCUGGGAGUUAUUUACAACUGGUCGGUGUGUAUGAUUUUGACGAGAAUCCGCCCAUUGAAAACAAAAUUUAUUUGUCAAAUGGAACGAGCAUCCAACUGUAUUCGCAAUUCAGUCACGGAGAUGGGUUCGAUUGCAGGUGGACGUCAACAUCCCGCUCUACUCCAAUGACGACGACAUCAGCCACCUCAUUUUCUGCUACACCGACUUUGUCGGGAAAGACUUCUUCGUCAACAGCAACCGCAUUGGUGGGACUCAAAGAAACGUCAAAAAUUCCUUCGACAACUUCGGCGACCAUUCCAACAACAAAAGGAACGACAAGCGCUGGGCAAACAACAUCCACUGCAACAACAAGGGCGACAAUUCGUUCAAUUCAAUUGCCAGCUAAUCCGACUUGUGCGACUUUUGAUCCAGCGUGCGGAUUGGUCUGUGGCCCAUUGACGUCAACGGGAGGUGUUGUACAGAGUCUCAAUUUUUCCGCCGACUACGUGGGUUCAUCUGAUUGCAUCGCCAUUAUUGCUGUCUCACCAGGAAGGGGAAUCCAAUUGACGUUCACCGACCUCAAUUUGGCACCUGGCGAUUACGUUUCUGUUUCCGAUGCACAAGGUGACAUAAUAAUGCGCAGUACGUUUGGAAACCAAAUUAAGACGACGGUCUUAAACUCAUCCACCAGCCAAAUGACCAUUAAUCUUAAAGGCUAUUCAAAAAAUAAAAGUGGACCAUUUAAUUUGAAAGCGACAUUCACAGCGGUGUAACAGCCUCAGCGCUGUUUAUUAUUAAUUUGCAAAUAAAAAAUCCAAUUAGCCCCU